UGCGUUUUUCGUACCCCCUUUCGUUCCUUUCGUCCACGCCUAAACUAAACCCUCGCUUCCGCUGCAACCGGAGCUCCGACCAUGGCGGCGUCGAUCACCUUCCCUAUGGCAUUCUUCUCCAGCGACCGCGUUUGGGCCGUCUCGCUCCCUCGUCGGGCCGUGCACCUUCCCGGCUGCUUGCCGCCAAGGAGGUGGUUGGCCGCCGCGGCGUCGCGCGUUGCCGCGGAGGCGGCGCCGGAUGCGUCGGGGAAGCGGCGACCGAGGGGAAUUACCAAGUCCAGGCCAGUGUCGCCCGAACUCCAGGCAGUGGUGGGCGAGGCGGAGAUCCCGCGGACCCAAGCCCUCAAAAAGAUAUGGGCUUAUAUCAAGGAGAAUAACCUCCAGGAUCCAGACAACAAGAGGAUAAUAGUGUGUGACGAGAAACUAAAGAAGAUAUUUGGCGGAAGAGAUCGUGUUGGUUUCUUGGAGAUCUCAGGGCUGCUAAAUCCUCAUUUUGGGAAGUGAAAAUGUUCUGUUGUGUCCUUGGAUAUCUCCAGCUUUACCUUUAUAAGCUGAAAACAUGACAAAUAUUAGGCUGUAUUGCUCUUCAUUAGCUUCCUGCUCGGUAUAGAAAAAGAUGGCUCAAUGUUUUGCUUUCUGCAUAUUUGUAGACAAAAACUUAUAGUGGUUGAGCUGUUUGGUCCGCACCUUUUUGACCAAUUUCUUA